GAUGAAGAGGCUAGCCUUGGCUUGCCAAUCAGUCCUUUCAUGGAUCGCUCUGCUCCUCAGCUGGCACACCUCCAGGAAUCUUUCAUCACUCACAUUGUGGGACCACUAUGUAACUCCUAUGACUCAGCGGGGCUGAUGCCAGGAAAAUGGAUAGAAGAUAGUGAUGAAUCAGGAGACACUGAUGAGCACGAAGAGGAAGAAGCAGCAGAAAUGGAAACUUGUGAAAAUGCUGAAUCCAAAAAGAAGAAGUUUAAGAGGAGGAAAAUCUACUGUCAGAUCACUCAGCACCUGCUUCAGAACCAUAAAAUGUGGAAGAAAGUAAUUGAGGACGAGGAGAGGUUAGCCGGGACAGAGAAGCAAGGCGCGGAGCAAUCCACACUGCACCAAUCUUCAGAACAAAUCCAGGCCAUCAGGGAAGAGGAAGAGGAGAAAGGGAAACCCAAGAGGGAUGAAGAGGAGAACACAACUGUAGAACCGAACCAAUGACAAUAUUUACAGCAGUAUUUUAAGACAGAUUGACUCGUGCACAGACUCUUUCUCAAGCCAGCACAGCAUUUAGACACAACACUGUAGAAGUAUGGGAUAAUGCGCCUACAGCUGUUUAAUUUGUUUAUCUUUCCUUUUUAUGGUGAGGUACAUUGUUUAAACUCCUAUGCUCAAGGAAGCUUUCACACUGCGACACCGGCUUUUACAGACUUUCUUUAAAGAGAUUUGGGGGUGGGUGGAAUUAUAUAAAUAUAUAUAUAUAUAUAGCCAGGG